AUGUCGUUCUGCUCUGACGAUGUCCAUCGAAUGACGGUCAAAAGCUCAGCAAGGAUUCAUCGGGGCCGCAGAGUGGUGCACAGAGGACCUAUUCGCGCAAAUCUACAAUAUCCGCCUCAGGGCAACCGCAAUACCGCUUUCGGUGAGACCAAUUUACGAAUCCCUUCUACUCGCCUCUUCAACCGAAAUGAAACUUACUCCAACAUCGAUCUCUUAAAGACGUCUUCGAAACCCGGUUUUUCUACACUUCUUUGUCAUGUUGCUAAACAGUAA